AUGGCUAAUUGGUUCGGUUGGACACCAUGGGCGAAGCCGAGGGGGCGACAGCCCCGUCCGCGACCAGUUCGUCGUGAUUCACGUCCUUCUUCUGACUCUCAGUCUCGAUCUCGGUCUCGCUCUAGACCUUUCUCUCGACCUCCUAGAAGACGGUCUAGUGAGCUGAGCCCGGCUGAAAGAUUAGCUAGAGAGAAGAUGGAAGAAAGAGAGAACGAGAUUGAGCAGGAGAAAUUACAAUUUAUGGAUCCCGCUGGGAGAGCCGCGUACAAUGAGCAGAAGAAACUCGAACACGACAAAAGAAUCCGAAAAUUGAAAGAGAAAUUUGCAAGUCGGAAGAGGAAGUUGGCAGAGAAACAUGCAGAGAAGGUUGUGGAAGAAAGUCGUGGGUGGAAGAGAAAACAUGAAGAUGAUGCUGUGGUUCAAGCCGGAGAGAGACGACGGAAGUUUUUGGAAAAUCGGGGGAAGAAGAAGUUUCCACUCUCACAAUCGGUAAAGACGAAUAUCGAGCGGGAGAGGCAUAGAAUCCAUACGACGGAAUUGUUUGAAAAGAUUUAUGCGGAUCUUCAAUAUCACUACUUGCACCCCACGUUGAUCAAUUCCGAUACGUACGAUCCUUAUGAAGGGUUGUUUGACGAUCUUUCUGGGGUAUACUUGCGAUUUCUAUUCUUAGCUCAAAGGCCAGAAGACCUUGCGAGAGGCAUAGGCACUGACAGUGCUUGCGUUCUCAUGCUUUCACAGAAUUUCCGCAACGCAUUGAGCUAUGGAGAAUUGCCUGAUGGAACUUUCGCCAAGCAAGGUCAAAAAGGGUACUCACAUACUACUAGAUGGGACGAAUUUCACUUGAAGCUUCAGUUAGAACACUUCAGCAUCAGAGGCUUUGCUAUCGCACGACAUAUUCCAUAUAUGAAAGUUUUUGAACGGAGCGGUUUGAAGAUGUUUGAGGGCGAUAUACGGCCAGCGAAUUUGAAUCUCCAGCUGGAUCCUUCGAUCAGAGAUCCGUUUGAAGUUUGGCUUGGAGGGGAUGGAACAGUUUAUCCUUGCUUGUUCACGCCCCUUCCUGGCGAAUCUGAAUCUGUACAUCAGGGCGUCUUCAAGCUUCCAUUCACGAAUCCGAAGGAAAACGUAGAAAAGUUGGGACCUACGAGGAACCGUGUGGUUCCGCUCCGCUUUCAAAAUCUGAAGGCCAACAUAUUCAAUAGAGAGAUUUUUAAACAGUAUGCUCCCCCAUCAACAUGGCCAGCGAGCUGGGAAUAUCCGCCUGCGGAUAUUCAGCAUCCAUGUCGAGAAUGGGGGAAGAACUAUCCAUUGUGUGUUGCUUGUGGUCUCCGAACGGGGCAGCGGGAAGUAGCAGAAGAAGUACAGGAAGAACCACAAGAAGAAGAUGAGCCAGCAAAAGCACCCGAGGAGGAGCCAAUCUGUCGCUGUAGGACAAUCGAUGUUUUCAAUCGAAUCUUGGUAGAGAUCAAAGAAUAUCAUUCCGAAUCCAAUUCCAAAAUGGCUACCACUGUUGACCGCGGAGUCAGGAUUCUACAAAAUGUCCCAAGGGGUCAUAUCAUUUCGGAAGUCCUUGGAGAAUUCAUUCCACUUGGUGCUGAGAGUGAUUUCAAGUGUCCCUCUACAUUAUCUAUAGACUUUCAUGCUCCUCCUGCCGUUGAUAAGUCUGGAAAAGUUCUAGAGAUUGACCCGGAUGUUGUAGUGAAGAAGACCGUUGACACCAACACAGAACCAAUCGCAACAUUGAUUACUGGCCACAAAGGUGGAUGGACUAGGGUGAUUAACAGAGGCACGAGUCAAACAUCAAAUGUUGAAUUCCGCUCAGAAGUCUGGGCUGGGAAAUUACGCAUCACUGUUAGAGCGUUGAGGGAUAUAAACUUUGGAGAACAAUUAUUUGGUAUGUUUCCCCAGGACUUAUCGCCCAACCACUGCUUCAUCUUAUCUUUCUAUGAUACUUGUGAAGUCUUCAAGAGGAUGCUUGAUCCUUCGACUUCUUUGGAGAAGCUUUGGGGUGAAUUUUUCCAACAAAAGAAUAGUUACUGA